ACGAACACCUCUUCUCUGGGUGAAGGAUUCAGUUUGUUUGUCUCCAGUUUUAACAACGCAUCAUUUUCCAAAUGCAUUGAUUUAACCAGAUCGCACAUUUUGUCCCCCAUACCACAAUGUAGAAGUCUGUAAUAGAGUCCUUCAUGUAGUCAAAAGCUUUCUUUAAGUCAAUAAAACAAGUGAAUAUCUUACCAUUUUACGAUACUGAACAGCUUCAACACGGCACCCUGCAUCUCUGGGGUGCUGCAUUUGAGCAUUUCGUUUUUAAUGCAGUCCGGACCACAAGCUUUCCUUGGCGUCACCGUUUGCUGUCAGGCUUCCGUUUUUGUUUUUAUAAGGUCAGCUUUAAUAGCUGCCUUAUGAAAUAUCAUAUUGAUAUCAUCAAUAGCCUUCUGUAAGUAGGAUUUAAUUUAAACAGCUUACUGGUUUCCCUUUCUGUGUCACUGAUUUGACCUGACAGUUUAAAGAACACAUUUAUUUGGUUGUGGUCUGAAAGGGGGGGGAUUGCUGUCUGACAGUGAAUGCAUUGAUAGUGGAGGGUCCAUGUCAGUGAUUGCAUAGUCUACUACAGUCAACCCAGGAGCUGAGGAGUAUGUGAAUCUCCCUAAAGAAUCCCCUCUGAACCUACCGUUAACUAUGUACAGGCCUAAGGCCCGACAGAGAUAUUCUCUCUCUCUCUCUCUGUUCAGAAAAUGUAUAAAAAGCUGCAGAUGUUGCAGCAGCCCAUUUACAGGUUUAAGGUCAAUGAAGGUGGUGCGAUGGUGAGUUUAGAGUUCUUUUUUUAAUCUUUCACUUGAUUAUUUUUCAAAAGUUCACUGAAACAGUGUUAGUAAGGUUUAAAAUCCAGAAAAAAACUAAAAUAAGAUCAAUUUUGUUCACAAAUUAUGCUUUUGAACAAAGCACACUGUAGUUGUUUUGUCAUUUAAACAAGAGUUAUGGCAAAUUCAACUUCAUCAACUUUGUCUUAUUUCAUUCUUGCAGCUUAUAUGUAUGUUGGAAGUUUGAAAUAUUUAUAUUUCAUGAUAACUGCUUUGCUUUACAUUGUAAUUAUUAUUGCCAACACCUCUCUCAUCGUGGUUAUCUGUAUGAACAGAAGCUUACAUGAACCUGUGUACAUUUUUCUGUGCAGCCUGUUUGUAAAUGAGCUGUAUGGUAGUACGGGGUUGUUUCCUUUCCUUCUGGUUCAGAUUCUCUCUGACGUUCACAUUAUUUCUGCUCCCUUUUGUUUCCUGCAGAUUUUCUGUGUGUACUCUUAUGGAAAUAUAGAAUUUUUAAACUUAGCCAUCAUGGCUUAUGACAGAUACCUUGCCAUCUGUUAUCCUCUACAGUAUAACACAUGUAUGACAACUAAAAAGGUCGCCACGCUUAUUGGUGUAACAUGGUUAUUCCCUUUUCUUGCUAUUGUUGUUUUGAUAUCAUUGAGUGCACCUUUACAGCUGUGUGGGAACGUCAUCAACAAAGUUUUCUGUGGAAACUACUCUGUUGUUAAACUAGCAUGUUACGACACCAGAGUGAAUAACAUCUAUGGACUUAUUUACACUGUUAUCUCGAUCAUCAUUCCUCUCAUUUUAAUCCUUUACACUUACAUUAAGAUUCUUAAAGUUUGUUUUUCUGGUUCCAAACAGACGAGACAAAAAGCUGUCAGUACCUGCACACCUCACCUUGCUUCCCUGCUCAACUUCUCUUUUGGUUCUUGUUUUGAAAUAUUACAGAGCAGAUUUAAUAUGAACAGUGUACCUAAUAUAUUGCGAAUUUUUCUAUCAUUAUACUGGCUUACAUGCCAGCCGCUCUUUAACCCAGCACUAUACGGGCUGAAAAUGUCGAAAAUCCGCAACAUAUGUAAACGUCUGUUGUGUGGUUAAGUGUCGGCCAUCCAACAGA